UCCCCAGUGAGUUGUGGAGGAUGGCUGCUUAUACUGAGCCAGGAUACUCUGGAUGUUUCUUCCUGUUAAAAGGGAGUUUUCCUCUCCACUCUCGCUGCAUGCUUGCUUAGUAUGAGGAUUGCUGCAAAGACUCUGACACUAGUCAGUGACUCGAUGCAACCUGCUGGGUUCCUUAUAUAGGAAACUUUUUUCUGAUUGGCUUAAUGAACUGACCUGUACUGGAAUGUUUAUUAUGUGAAGUGACUUGAGACGACUCUUAUCGUGAUUUGGGGCUUUAUAAAUAAAAUUGAAUUGAAAUUUGAAUUGACUGGUUAGCUCGUGCCUCUCACCCGGGAGUCUGGGGAUCUUAUCCCGUGCGCGCCCUCAUUUCUCCACCCUGCCACACUGGUUUCUGGAGUCCCCCUCUGAUGUCCUGUCUGAUCCAGAAUAACUGAGUCCCGAUAUUUGGUGAGGAGGGGCCACUCCAACAAUAGAGCAGCAUCUCUGCCCCAAAAACACACACCAGGCACUGGAGAGGCAGCAGACAGACUCAGAAGUCAUGCACCAGUUUAGGAUUACAAAAUCUUUUUUUAAUUUUUCAAAUGAAUAAUUAAAUUAAUUCUAUCAAUUUUUUAGUUGAAUCGUUUUAAGUCACCAACAGAAAAUAAUACACCACCUUAACUACAGACAGCAGAGGGAAGGUCACUAAUUGCUCCAUGAGGAACCACGGGCCAUGUUGUUAAUUGGGCUCCAUCUUUUGGUGCUGGUUUUGUGGACUGGCACAGAGGUGAAGACACGCGUAAGGGGGGACCAGAUAAAACCAGCUCAAACCCCUUUGAUCCCUCAUCGGCCUUUUGUUGUUGUCUGGAAUGCUCCAACAGAAUCAUGUCGUCUACGAUUUAAGGUGGACUUGGACCUCAGCAUUUUUGAUAUUGUCGCAAAUCUUAAUGAGACCUUAAGUGGACCAAAUGUCACCAUAUUCUACCACAGCCAUUUGGGAUACUAUCCAUACUACUCUAACUCCGGGGUUGCUAUCAAUGGUGGCCUCCCGCAGAACCAAAGCAUGUCCAAACAUCUGAGCAAGGCCCGGGCUGACAUUGACAAACUAAUUCCCCAUAAGGACUUCCGAGGUCUAGGUGUAAUUGACUGGGAGAAUUGGAGGCCUCAGUGGGUCAGAAAUUGGGGCUCCAAAGACAUCUACCGCAAAAAAUCUAAGGAACAGAUCCAAAAACUUCACCCAAACUGGCCUCAGAGCAAAGUUGAAAAGGAGGCAAAGGAGACGUUUGAGAAAGCUGGGCAGGCUUUCAUGAAUCUGACUCUGGCACUGGCUGAAGCUCGAAGGCCAAAUGGGUUGUGGGGGUUUUACCUUUUCCCCGACUGCUACAACUAUGGCUACAAACAACACCCACAACGCUACACUGGGGAAUGUCCGAAUGUCGAGCAUGUCCGGAACGACCAUUUGAUGUGGCUGUGGAAGGAGAGCACAGCCCUCUUCCCAUCCAUCUAUCUGGACUAUGAGCUAAAGUCCUCUCCAAAUGCCCUUAAAUUUGUCCAUUACAGAGUGAAGGAAGCCAUGAGGAUUGCAUCUAUUGCACAUACAGACUACACCCUACCUGUUUUUGUCUACUCCAGGCCUUUCUAUGCCUACACCUUUCUUGUGCUCUCAGAGACGGACUUAGUUCAGACUAUUGGGGAGAGUGCCGCCUUGGGAGCGUCGGGAGUCGUGCUCUGGGGAUCUUCGGAGUAUUCUCGUUCACAGAGGAACUGCUUGACUGUGAAGAAGUACAUUGAUGGUCCUCUGGGGCAUUAUGUCAUCAACGUCACAUCAGCAGCUAAGCUGUGUAGCAAAGCACUUUGCAAGAAGAACGGCAGAUGUGUCCGCAAGAGCCUGGACUCAGGUGCUCACCUGCACCUCAACCCUCGCUUCUUCCAUAUCCGCCAAAACCAGGCCCCCAGAGGCCCCCAUUUCCUUGUCAGAGGUCACCUGAACAACCUUGAUAUCCUAGACAUGAAGCAAAAAUUUACUUGCCAGUGCUACCAGGGCUGGACAGGAGUUUACUGUGAGAUCCCCCAGGCUUUGUCCCACCCUUCCUCUCCACCACCUCCACAUGUCAUUCCUACUCCUCAUCCUUGGAGCAGCAGGCUGCUUGCAGAUCUUCUGUUCCUCCUUUCCCUUCACUUCUCUUGUCUUUGCAUCAUCAUGUUUUUGGGACUCUGUCUGAUUAUAAAAUGUUUGAUUUUGUAGGAGGCAACAUUAUCUUAAGUGUGCAAAUUUCUUUAGUUUGGCCAGAAAAAUGAACAUCACGCCAACUGACUGGCUGUGGACAGUGUAAUGAUUUAAAUUACAUGCCAUUUAAUAAGCCAUACGGCUUAGGAUUCCAUAGAUUCCAUAUGAAACCAACCUUGUGGAUCUGUUGGGUUAUUUUAACCAGAAGAUUGGAACUUUUUAAUGCAGGGAUUAGAUAACAGCUUCAUAUUAACUCAGAGACAAAGAAGAGAGAGUCAAGUUUUAAAAGUUUAAAAAUGUAUUACUAAACAAAUUAAGCUAGACUAACUUAAACACUAAAUGUAUGGUGUAACUAAGGUGGAUGAGACGGAUAAUGGUGUGAUGUGUAAUGUUGCUCAGAACCAGCAAAUCAGAAGAAGUGAUUAGUUCUGAUGGGAACUGAAGGUGAUGUCUUCGCGUUAAGCUUUGAUUAGGAGAUUCAUAAACACAUUCGACGCCAUUUGUCGGUCUACGUACCGUUAGUGGAAGUCCCCGUCUAGAUCAGGAGGUGUAAAGGUCCAGCUUGACCUUAUGGAGCAGGAGCCUCUAGAAG